AUGGCGAGCUAUUUCCUCGGCUUUGCCAAAAAUCAAAAUCGAGUCGCGACAAUGAAUCGUGGACGUGGUCGCGGAGCUAGUCGAGGAAGAGGUGGUCGGGGAGCGAGCCGGGGAAGAGGUGGUCGGGGAGCGAGUCGAGGAAGAGGUGGACGUGGUAGAGGUAAUGCCCAUGGACAUGCUCGCGGAGGUGCUCAAGCUACGCCGAUUGAGUCAAUGGAUAUUGAGUUGCAAACAACACCGACUAAUCUUCCUUUGGAUCUUGAUAUUAACACUGAUGCUAAACCUUAUUUUAUCAACACGAAUGUUACACUUGAUCAGCAUAUUCAAGCGCAAACAGCGAAUCUACCACGUUACUUAGCCACUCUGUUUGCAUUGAAUGAAAACAAUGUGGAAAUUGGACAGAAAGCUAAAGCUUGUGUACUGGCUGCUGCCUGGUGUCGACACGAUCAUAAAUUAGCGAAUAAUCUCUUGUGUCACCGGCAGUUAUUCACUCUAACCGAAGUUCUCAAAGCAAUCACUAUGUUAGACGCUGCUCGACAAGUUCGAGUCUAUGAAAAACAGCUCAAACGUUUGGAGUUAAGUCAAACAAAACCUAGUGCGAAAAAAUUAGGUUACAUGAAAAACAAUAUCGACAAUUUGAACAAACUUAAAGUUUCGACUGGAUCAGCAAGUGGUGCUAUUGCUCGACAUAUUCAACGUUGGACUAGAACGUUGACUCAACGAGAAUUGGAAUAUUUUGCCUUGCACAUGCCAACAGAACCCUGGCGAAAAUUAGCCGAUAUUGUUCAUUUCAAUCCAACGAAAGAUUUUCCUGCUCUGCCAUGGUUUUUACCUUUUUGUUUCGGUACACCAGCACCUGAAGAGAACAUGGUCUCUCGUUGUCGAAAUCUAACUGCUGCUAAUGUCAACGAAUUAAUCAAAGAAUUCAAAAUACCCUAUUCACACUUGAAACAAUUCAAAGCGCAAUUAAGCGAUCAAUCCAAAGCACGAAUUGCUUCGUACGAAGAAAAACUAGAUACCAUUCUAUGGUAUUAUGAAGACUUGGAAUGUCCAGACGUUGAUGAAGUUCUCAGUGAAAGAUUACGAAAUGGUGAGCAGAUCACAUUGCCAUACGGUAAACUCAUGGAUCGUCUUUUACUGAUUCGUACAUUACGAGAUGACAAACCAGAUAUUCCAGCAUUCUAUCGAAAUAGUGAAUAUGCUAGUGCGUGGGGAGGACGUAAUUAUGUCUCUGAGCAUAAACCACGUGGACCUCAACCAAAAAAGGCAGCACUCUACACCGACUUAAUUGCAGUAGCGGAAAAGCAACUUCAAACAAUCAAAUUAACGUUAGAAUCACCUGUAGGUAUUCUUGCUGACGCUUCGUAUUCAAUGGAAAUUGCCAUCCGUACAGCAACUAUUCUUUCAUCAUUGCUAACAGCAAUUUGUUCAGCAAAACUGACAUUUUUCCAUGACAAAAUGUUUCCACCUGCCUUUACACCGAAAAAUAUUGAAGAUGUCCUUACAUUGGCACUGACAACAAACGUUGCUGGUGGCACCGCCAAUGCAGCUGCUCUUCUACCAUAUUAUCAAAGUAAAGAAGUCAUAAAAACUUUCAUCAUGGUUACUGAUGAAGAAGAAAACGAUAGCAUUGAGCUACCAGAUGGAAGUAAAACACGAUUCUUUAAGCUAUUUUUGCAAUAUCGCGAAGAAGUCUAUCCAGCUAAAUUAGUAUUCAUUUCAUUUCUCGCUCAGCAACACAAUCAAGGUCAAAUGUUCAAACAAUUCCAAGAAGCAAACAUACCUGACGUGAUUCAAUUCAAAUUCAAUCGACAACGUCCAGAUUUAACCAAAUUCGAUAAUUUUAACGCAAAAUUAUCGAUAAAUUGUGAGAGAACAUGGCCAAAGAAAUACCAAAUGAUGAUGAAUCUUUCCAGAAGCUCUUUUUUCUCAACUAUCACUCAACUCGUUAGGCGAAAUGUGUUUGAAGGUGAAUUAUUAGAUAUCGGUUGUGGAAUUGGCGAUAAUGCGAUUUACAUAGCCAAAGAAUGUCGUAAUGUUCGUGUUACUGGUAUUGAUCUGGUGCCGAAAGCAAUUGAAGUCGCCAAUGAAAAAGCACGGAAAGAGGAUGUGGAUAUUCAUUUUCAAGUUGUUGACAUGCUGGAUGAUCUUGCAGAGAAGCAGAUUUUGAAACAACACUUUUAUGAUGUUAUCCUUGAUGCCGCAGUUUUCCACGUUUUUUCCGAUGUUGAUCGCGAAAAAUAUAUAAAAAAUCUUGAAUAUUUGAUAAAACCCAAUGGUCUAUAUAUUCAAUUAUGCUUCAGUGAAAAAGAAACACGCGAAGGUGGACCUCGACGUAUUCGCAAAGUGGAUUUACACAAUUUAUUCUCUUCCAACAAGGGCUGGACAAUUGAAUCAAUAGAAGAUAGUGUUUAUCAAUCAACACCUGCAGCUCUCCUGGAAUCGGAUCGGCAAAGUUAUCUCACCUUCAUUCGUAGGCAAGUAACUUCAACAGUCAAUGAAUCGAACGUGAAGCUCAAUUAA